GGCACAUAAAGGAUCUACAAAGCCAGAACCCACAGAGCCUGGCAAGACAGAGUAGGAGGGGGUGAGAGUGAAGCCGGCAGGGACUGUACAGUAUAUAAACUAAACUAUCUGUAACGUCUACAGCUUUCAUUGACUACAGUCUACAAUACACACUGUAUAUCUUUGCUGGUCACACGUCGGUGCUGACGGUAGAUAAAGGCCAGCGAGUACACAACAAACGCUCUUUUGUGUUGUGGUCUCUAGGUAUUAAAGGCUUGGGCGGAUUCAAAUCUUAGCCACGUGGGCUCAUUGGCGAGGCGUUUGAGAUUAGUCCAUCUCAAGAGCUCAAACGCGUUGGGUGUUGUGGUGGAGAGGUGGGUUUGAAACUUGCAGGACUGGGUGGUCAUUAAUGAGUUAAUUAGUUACAGGCAGGAGGAGGGAUAGAGAGGAGGCACGUGCAGGUUGGGUUGCGUAACGUUUUGUGGGGUGAGAGACAGUUUGUUGAUGUUACCGGUCGCAGUUUGACGUUUGCCUAAAAGUUCGAGACGUCCCGGUUCGAUACCCGCUCAUCGGUUCAUUCGUGCCGAUCGAGUCAACUGAGCAGGUGGGAGAUCGAUUUUAUUUGUCUAAAUCACGCGUUUUGCUGAGCACAAGCCCCAACACGCCAAGCGGACAGUAACAAACAGCAGUGUUAUUAAAGUUGUAAUAUUAGGUUUGAGUUAGCACGAUUAUUAUUACUGUGUAUUAUUUUUGUAAAGGGCUCUAGAAGGUCCUUGUUAGGGUAAGGUCAUCCAAGUCUGGCCAAGGCACGCAGAGGAUUUGACUUCGUGGACUGCUCGUGUGCGGAUCACCGGGGACGUUAUUAGGACGACAAAGUUGGAGUCCUGAGUGAGGUCACAGGGGUCAACCUGAGUGAGGUCGCAGGGGUCAACCUGAGUGAGGUCACUGGGGUCAAGCUGACCCCCUGCAAGCGCUCACCCUGGCGGACUCACGGGAGCUCACGCAGACUCGCAUCCAGAAGAUCUGGGUGCCGAGACACGGGGACGUGGCGCCCAGGAAGGCGUCAUGUGUGCCCCGGCUCACCAACUCCCCAUCUCUCAUUGUGAUGGUGGGGUUGCCGGCUCGGGGAAAGACCUACAUCUCCAAGAAGCUCACGCGCUACCUCAACUGGGUCGGAGUCAGCACCAAAGUGUUCAACGUGGGCAUGUACCGGCGCCAGGCCACCGACUCGUACCGCUCGUUCGAGUUCUUCCGCCAUGACAACGAGGAGGCGAUGACGAUCAGGAAGCAGUGCGCGCUGACGGCGCUGAACGACGUGAAGACGUACCUCUCAGACGAGGGCGGCCAAGUGGCAGUGUUUGACGCAACGAACACGACGCGAGAACGGCGCGAGAUCAUCAUGAACUUUGCGAGCGAGAACGCGUACAAAGUGUUCUUCGUGGAGUCGGUGUGCAUGGACCCCGAUGUCAUCGCCGCCAACAUCCAGGAGGUGAAGCUGACGGGGCCCGACUACAAGGGCAUGAACAAGGACGACGCCGUGGACGACUUCCUCAAGAGGAUCGUGCUCUACGAGCAGACCUACGAGCCGCUGGACGACAUCGCUGACAGCGAGCUGUCCUACAUCAAGAUCAUCAACGUGGGGCAGCGCUUCCUGGUGAACCGCGUGCAGGACCACGUGCAGAGCAAGAUCGUCUACUACCUCAUGAACAUCCACGUGCAGCCGCGCUCCAUCUACCUGUGCCGCCACGGCGAGAGCGAGCUCAACAUCAAGGGCCGCAUCGGCGGGGACUCGGGGCUCUCCCUGCGCGGGAAGCAGUUCGCCAACACGAUGGGCAACUUCCUGCGGGAGCAGAACAUCAAGGACCUGAAGGUCUGGACAAGCCAGAUGAAGCGCACCAUCCAGACGGCCGAGGCGCUGGGCGCGCCGUACGAACAGUGGAAGGCGCUCGACGAAAUCGACGCUGGCGUGUGCGAAGAGAUGACCUACGAGGAGAUCCAGGAGACGCACCCGGAGGAGUUUGCGCUCCGGGACCAGGACAAGUACCACUACCGCUACCCCAAGGGGGAGUCGUACCAGGACCUGGUGCACCGCCUGGAGCCGGUGAUCAUGGAGCUGGAGCGGCAGGAGAACGUGCUGGUCAUCUGCCACCAGGCCGUCAUGCGCUGUCUACUCGCCUACUUCCUUGACAAGUCCUACGAAGAGCUCCCCUACCUCAAGUGCUACCUCCACACGGUCAUCAAGCUCACACCCGUGGCUUACGGCUGCAAGAUGGAGCAAAUAAACCUCAAGGUGGAGGCAGUGAACACGCACAGAGACCGGCCAGAGGACACAUGCGUUUCUCGAGGCGCCGCGCAAGCGCUGAGCACUGUCCCCAACCACGAUUAACAUCCCCCGCUCAUCCUCCUCCUCUUCCUCCUCCACCUCCUCACCUCUCCGUUCAACCAGCCUCCUCUCCUCACCACCCUGCUGCCUUUCACGAGGCCUCGCCCCGUCCCACCCGCCGCGUGCGACGCCUUCCAGCCCUGCCGCCCUCAAUUUUUUUUUAUUCCUCCGUUAUUUUAUUGUUUUGCAAAGUUCAGUUGGUGGUUUGUGCCGUGCGUGCGCACCGCACUGUGUGGAGCGUGCGUCACAUUCUGCACGAGUCCCGUCGUCGCUUGAACAUCUUCACCCUCGACGUGCGCGGCUCCUUGCGAUCGAUUGCAAAACAACAACAAACUACAUCCGAUUCCGCAUUGACAGCAAAUAGCAAAACUCAACGCGUUCGCCCGACACCACUGCCCAGAUAGAUGGCCCUGGCGGUAGAGUGAGCGGCUCACACUAUGGAAAGAUUUCCAAGUUCAAAUCCUGGUUGGGGUGGGGGUUGACUUGACCCGUCAUCCCCUGUCGCUGUCCAUAUUAUUCAGAUGACGACUGGGUCCUAUAAAUGCUCCAUCUUCGUUGGCCGGUGUGUUUGGGGGCACUUCCCGUUGAUGGCUAAUCAGGCCCAAUCCUCGAAAUGCCAGAUCCUCUCCCAUGGGAUGAAUCGCAUGAAUACGAUUUUGUGGGGAGCUCAACCAGUGGUUGACCUAAGUAUAUACUCGCCCUCACCAUAGCAAUUUCCUACAAACUGGCUAGUGGCCGUAAACAGGAGAUGACCACCACCAUGGCCUCUGCUCAUGUGAGCAGGAAACCACUGCGACUUGAUUUUGAAGUACAGCUCUGCCGUCUUUUCUCCAUGUGCUGGGCAAGAGGAAGGGUCAUAUGCCCACGGAGUGGGGCAGACACUCGGUUUUACGUGAAAGGGCUGCGGUAACUACUGAAUAACACAUUCUAGCUCUGGCAGUAGGCUCGCUACAGCUAGCACUCUGGCCUUGUAACAGGUGACGUUUGUGGCAGUGACCAUUGUCUGCUGUGACGACGAGCCAUUGCCGGACGUGUUGUCCAGUAUAGAUCUACGCCUCUGCAGGCAGGGGCAGUGUUAUCGACCAACGUGUUGAGUUUAUUAGGUGGAGCAGUAGAUUGGCGGAGUUGAUUCGAUCGCGGCUCACCGAGUCAGGCUCUGCGACCGACGUGCCUUUUCCCGCCUCGGCGGUGGGCAGCGCUCGUGAUGAAUGUUCGUCUCCCAACCCUCUCGGUCGAUUUGUAAUUUUUUUGUGGGGUUCGAGCAAAGCAGGAUGUCGAAAAACCGCUUGUGCCUGAAUCGAGCAGCGCGCAGAACGCGCGGCGAGCUGCAGAUGCGUGGGCGCUCGCGAACAAAAAAAUCUCGCGGUGCAGAUAAGACCCGCGCAUGUCAACUCCCCCAAAGGGGUUCAAUCGGUGAAAUGUCCAGUGACAAAAUAUUGGGGGGAAAACCCAAGAAACUCAGAGGGGACCCUAAGAAACUGAGGCACAGACACAAUUGCGUAGGAGCAACAGGUUAAUGUCCACUAUUUAGUGAACACCCCCGUAGUAAAUGAAAUAACAACCUUGGAUAGUGGUUAGUUUCCAGCUUGAUUCUCAUAGAAAGGCUGUGAGUAAAGACAACAGUUUUGGAGCUAAACCUUCCAUAAGACCUGAAACUACUUGCAGCAGCUGUUGCUGGUGAGGCACUGCAAUAAAUAGGGCGUUGUGUGUUAAUUUACAACAGGUAAUCAAUACAAAUUGUGAGAAUCCACUAUACGGCCGUGAGACACUGAAAACUGUGAAAAACCGCGAAUCCAUAAUGUGAGACUUGACGCGCACGAAGGGCUUUAUUCUAGAUUUUGAACGGCACUUGACAAUUCUAAUCUUCUUCAGCGGCACGGCUGAGUGGCACUUGUGGCAGCACUUGCGUAUCGACUGCCACACAGCCAGUCGGUAUUAUAGUUUUAUUGACGGUUUAACCGUGUAUAAACGCAAACUGUAUCGGUAAUUGUAUUUCGUCGUCUUAAACGUACAAGUUUACUUAAUUCUGUGCAAUCUACUGCUGGCUGGGGUGAGACCUGGGUCUCGUGGCCGAUGCGACGGAUCCUGCAACCGGCUUCUAGUUGUCGUCACCCAGCACCGACCUUGCCUCUGACCUCACCAUUUACCGCUAAACCCUCGCCCCCCCCUCACCCCGCUGGUUCCCGUGGGUGCGCGCAGAAUGUGGACGUGACCCGCUCCAGGGAGGAUGCCCUGCGGACGGUACCUCUACACAAGUGACUCGCUCGCUUGCCUGCCCGCUUGCCCGCCCGCCCGCUUGUCCUCCCGCCCGCUUACCCUCCAAACCCACUCGCUUACCUCUCUUGAGGAUGUGAUGGGCUACGGAGGGUACAGGUUGUCUGCUGCUGCCAAGCCACAGGUCAUGUGGCUGUGUGACCUGGAGGAUGUAGAUGAUAUAGAGAGGGCAUCUCGGAAUGACCGGGACCCAGUGGUCACUCCUGGCCACAAAGUCUGCCCCGGGUUUUCCAGUCUCGGGUGAUCGAUAAAUGCGUGGAUUCGUUUAAAAACUGGAAUGCGUUGGCAGUGGCGUUAUCAUCAGGGCUCUCCCCAGCAGCUUCCCAGGAGCACCGAUUGCAUUAUUAUCAUCAUCAUCGCUCUUUCUACCAGAUGGACAAAUCCAGUUUCCCAGUACUGGUCUCGUUGGAACCCAGCACAGGAACAUCAUCAUCGUCCUCGUCAUAAUCGCACGCCGCUUCGUGAUCCAGUCUUUGGCUGCACGCAUCGUCCGAGACUGGAAAACGCGAGCUGGAAAUUGUGGCCUCCUCAAAACUGGACUCGCACGUCGCCACUGGACUUGAACGGCCGAAGUGGCAGCUUUGAGAAAGGCGGCUAUGGCUGCGAUGUUUCUCUGUGCGGGACGAAGGGUGGGUGGGUAUUAUGCCGAGGCCAAGAUCACUCUCGGGUUUUUUUGAUUUUGUGUUUUUUUUUUUUACUGUAGAUGCUGUCCCGUGGCUUGUGGUAACGGUUUCAAACGCGGCGGUUGCACCGGCAAUGCAAUCGGUAACACUCGACGCGAGCGGGUGUUGGGCAAAAUUCGCGGUGUCCGGUGCCGGGCAACCAGCGGUUGGUGCCAAGGGCCGUGGAAAAUCGGAGCGAGAUUUGCACCCACGGGAUGCAACGCCACUGUAACAAUGCCGCAGGGAUUUUAUUACCAUUGUUUUUAACUGGCGGGUAUUAUUAUUACAGAACGGCGUAUCACAACGCCCAUCAUCGUGGCCCCUCUUCAUGCUGUGCAUUUUUUUGUGAUUAGUACCAAUCAGGCUCUUUAUCCGUAUGGAAAUUAAAGCCUCUGUAGACAGUGCACAUAUAUGAUGGUUGGUAAUCGUGGAAAGCCAUAACGUUGGGAGUUGGGGGGGGGGUAGUGAGGAUUGGCGUUGAGAAACGAACGUUAUUAGUGCAUCGCAAUGCAAUAUGGGUGCCGUGGAUUCUUAGCCGGUUCCGUUUUAUGCACGCGUUUCAACUUUUAUGGUUGUCACAGGAAUUGCAGGUGACACUUUUAACCUUUGUACUCGUAUGAUUUUUUUUUUAAGAAUGCACGCACGCUCGUGAAACUACACUAAGAGGGAGGGGGGGGGGGUCCCCACUCCCGUUGUUAAAGGGAGGGGGGGGGCGGCAUGUCUGGUAAAAAAAACAAAUCCCAGCUCAGUAUUUAAUGGGCAUGUGACGAUUCCUCGAUUUUGAUCGAUUGUUACGCUCGCAACACUACACGCGUGAAAUAACUGGGCCGUGUUCAUCAUUUCAUCUGCGGGAAUGAUGGUGGUGAUGAUGGUGAUUGCUCCUGCGGUGGUGCAAUGGUUCUAUUCGAUCCAUGUAAACAUUGGCGAAGUUUCUAAAAUUGCACCCCUCACCCCCACCGCCUUGGUCUUCUACCCAGCAGUAUAUGGGUACAUCACAGUCGCUCGACUGUCAGGUCACAACAUGGUGGGGUUGAGUGUGGGUAACGCCCACCACUUCCCAAUUUCUGCGGCCUCCGUUGAAGGAUAAACCAAGCACCCUCUAGACAUGGGCUGAGAGUUUCUUCUCGUCGGGGGGGGAGUGAUGUCAGAGCUGCACCCUUCAUCUUGUAUGCAAAUGUUUCCGUUGGGCUAACGGAACGAAGGAUACUGAGAACGCACGGAACGCACAAUGCCCGGCGGUGCGUAUCGGACAAAAGAAUCGAACCGUGGACCCUCAAAUUAAAACAAUUUGAUGAAUCGCCACAGGAGGUUGAAUCGUUACAUGCCUUGUGCCCGUUGUAAAUUUCGUGUUUUAUUUUCAACACUCCGCAAUCGGGCCUGCGGAACAUCGUCACGCCGCAACGGCGACGCUUGCCAAAUGGAGAACGCCGGGGAAGGUGGAGGAGGGGGAAGAGCGGCGCACGAGUUAACCAAGUGGCCUACGCUCCGCUCUUGCCGUCGGUCACUUUAAAAAUAUAACAAGAUGCCCACCACCCUGCCAAACUAUCAAACGGAUGGACGAACAAACGAAACGAACGCAGAAAACAAGGCUUUGCGCAGCACCAGCAGGGACGGACCUUGUCGAACGUACGGUGGGGAAGCAGACCGGCGAGGAAUGGAAUGGUGGUGGAGCGAGAAUUGUGCCGCCGGCAGCUGUUUGAAAACUGAAAACGAACAAAAACCACUCGCGCAGAGAUUUAAAGUUGCUGACUUCUGCGUCGCUCAGUUCGGAAGAUGGGACAAGGCAGCUGGAUCGAAAUGGGAGCAGUCGAAUCUGUGGAUUAAUACGGGAGGGGUCUCAUCUCUGGAAUGUAUUGCCAUCGUUUUCUGUAUUUACCUAUUCUGUUCUGGGGGGGAGAGGAAAAGUUUAGUAAUCCUUUGGCGGCCAACCACACUUAAGAUAACCACUAAACUCUGCUCAUGGUUGCGCCACAUGCAUUGACUGCGUAGGCUCAGAGCUACUUGAAAGACAACUGUGACCUGAGUGCCACUAAAAUUAGAAAAGCUGCAGUGUUUCCAGUAUGAAAAUAUCCCCCUCUAGCACCCGAUUAGCGCCGCUGGAAUGCUCGCAGGAACGGAUGAAUGCCAUUAGCGUAACGCUGUGAAGUGGGUGUCGUUGUGAAGGUGGGCCGACCUCACGUGGCUGCGGGCCGUGUGAAAUGACGCUCCGAGUCAUGUCUGGCUCACGGGGGGAGGGAGGGGCAUAGGUUCCCCCGCCCCGAGGUGUGCAGUUGAUAUGGGGAGACAAUGCUGUCCGGUCUUUGCUUUGAAUCGUGAAUUAAUGUGACCGACGGUCACGCAAACUUCCACUUGCCCUCUGGGUGCGACUCGGGUUCCUCGUUUUCCAUUGCCAACCGACACGCGCUCGGAUUUUUGCUGUUCAUUAACUUUGUAUGUCGGGUAAUUUUCGUUGCACAAACUCAGGUGCUUUGGUGCGUGACUGCCAUCCAACCAACACGCACGUCCUUUGCCAAUUGGCUCGGGCAGAGCUGGUGGGAGAAGUCACGCGAAUAAACGAAUAAAAUGAUCAACUUUGUACCGCGAAUUGUGGCAAAAAGUUCACAAAUGCGGCUUGGCCAAAGUUUAGCCAAUUUGUCUUUUAAUUGCAAAUUUAUAAUUGUCAGCGCAUCAAGUUGGAUUUCGAGUUGGUCACUCGCACUCGACGAUUGCUGUAUUGAAAAAGUCCGGGUCACUUUGGCUGAAUGUAUGGAGACUAUGCGGUCGGGCCUGUGACUACACGGUGCAGCAUUUUGCCAGAUGUUUGUUGGUGUUCACCUUUUUAAAGGGGGCAUUUAAUCGCGACUGUACCCGUCACGGACAUCAAUCCACUAUCAGCUGCAAUGGCAAGACAGCAAUUAGACCUCAGGCCAUUUUACGUUUUACACAAACACAGACGAUGACGUUCUGUAGGGGGGGGAGGGGGGAAGUGCUCUGGUGAAUGGUGGUGACGACAAGGAGGGAGACCCUGCUUUUUUGCUAAAGUUGAGAUUUUUCCACGGAAAGUGUUUUAAAACGGCGAGAAAAGUGUUUGAUUUUAAAAACCUGUACAGUAAUGAAGGCGGAAUGUGUUCAACUGAUGUAAAAAAAAAUAUAACAAUCUGUUGUAUCUUCCAAAGACAGCAUUACAACAUUUGCGGAUGUUUAGACUGUGACGAUAACAAAAUAAAAUAUUGGGAGGGGCAAACCAGCCCUGAGAGCGUC